CUCUCAGACUGCUUGGACUGUCUAUUUUACUGAAGGUUUUGAGCGGAUGAUUGGAGAAGGCUCGUGGUCAGUUUGAGAAAGAAAGGGGGUUGGGAGCUGAUCAGUUUUCCGACAGAGAGAAAAGCAGCAAUGGCAGCGGCGCAUAGAGUCAUCGUGUAUGGAGGAAGGGGAGCUUUGGGCACGAAAUGUGUUGAGUUUUUUAAAUCCAAACACUGGUGGGUUGCCUCCAUUGAUCUCAUGUCUAAUGAAGAAGCGAAUGCAAAUAUCAUCGUGAAAACGAGCGAGUCCUUCACUGAGCAGGCGGAACAGGUUACCACAGAGGUUGCCAGUCUUCUUGGGGAACAGAAGGUGGAUGCCAUUAUUUGCGUAGCAGGAGGAUGGGCUGGUGGCAGUGCAAAGGCAACGUCUCUUUUUAAAAAUGCUGAGUUGAUGUGGAAACAGAGUGUGUGGACAUCAACAAUCUCCAGUCAUUUAGCUACAAAACAUCUGAAAGAUGAUGGCUUGUUGACACUGACAGGGGCAAGUCCUGCUUUGAAGGGUACAGCAGGGAUGGUGGGCUAUGGCAUGGCAAAGGCGGCUGUUCAUCAGCUCUGCCAGAGUCUUGCUGGAGAGAAGAGUGGAAUGCCGCCCGGAUCUUCAGCUCUUGCAAUUUUGCCGGUUACCUUGGAUACACUAAUGAACAGGAAAUCAAUGCCUAAUGCAGAUUUCAGCUCCUGGACACCACUAGAAUUUGUUGCUGAAACCUUAUUUAAUUGGACCUUUAAAGAAACCAGGCCCACUUCAGGAAGCCUUAUACAGCUUAUUACAACUGAGAGCAAAACUGAACUGAUUCCUGCUCAACUUUAAAGUGGAAUUAGUAUUGUAACAGUACCAGAUGAGAAAGCAAAUUUCUUUGAGAAGUGCCAUUAGCAUGUUUAGUUCGAGUUGAAUGAUAAAUUUCAAUUUGGUAGAUGAUGGAAAAAUCAAAUAUUUGAUUGUAAAGUUAUAGUUUACUGGCUCCUAUAUAUAGUUGCCAGUUUUUCCAUUUAAUGAUUUGGGCUUUCCUGUACCACUUAUUUUUCCUGUCUUUUUAAAUUCUAUGACUUAGUUUCUCUCUUUUUAAUGCACAGUGCAUCCACAGGUUAUUUUGAGAAUUUCGUUGCCCAAAACCUCCUUAUGUCUUAUUUGCUUGAAAUUCAUAGCUUAACUAUUUCAUGUGUGCUUAACUGUAAUAAAUUCUGCUUAAUGUCAAAAUGUAUUUAAAAUCUGUUUAAAUGUACAGGUGGAUUUAAAUUAAUGGUCAAGCUCACUCCCACCAGUUUUGACAUCACAGAAUUCCAAAAAGGAUGAACAACAUGAAAAGAAUUCCAAAUAAAAACUGAAAAAAACUGCGGUUGCUGUAAAUCAGGAACAUAAACAGAAGUUGCUGGAAAAGCUCAGCAGGUCUGGCAGUACCUGUGAAGAAAAAUUAGAAGUUAAUGUUUCAGGUCCAGUGACCCUUCCUGUUCUGAGGAAGGGCCACCAGACCCAAAGUGUUCACUCCCUUUUUUUUCUCCAUGAAAAGAAUUCCUACUUGUUAUCUGGUGGAUGAUUUUGAUCUUAGGCAACAAAUUAUUUUGAGUAAUAUACUCAGUUCAGUGGAAUCCUCUGGAAUUGCAUUGACAUUUUAUCUUGCGUGCAACUAAAGCAUAAUUGAAGGUAACACCAGACAUUCAUAUUUUCAAGAUUGUCACACCACAAGAGGAAUAUGAACAAUUUAUGAUCAAUUUUUUUUAAAGAAAGGCAUUACCAGAAACCUUCAAUGAACAGGACAAUCACAGAUACUGACUAUAAUAUUUUAUUCCACUACCUCGUCGCCUGCAUCUCAUUAUUUGUUCUUUUUCUUUUCCAGGGAGACCCUGGAAUCGGCAUUUUUUUUUCUCUCUUGAGACUCAAUACUCCAAUAUUUGUUUCAAAGUCAAAAGUUAUUGUUAUUCACAAUACCAGAAGUGCUAGUUAAUUCAUCCUGUCAUUUCGUUUAUAUGUGUUAGUAAAGCUGUCUUGAUGCAAAUUAAGAUUUGUCUGUCCUGUACAUUUUCAGCAAAAUAUGAGAAACAUGGUUUGUUUUAAGAGGAUUUAUUUUGUGCAAGUGGCUUGAAGCUUUCAAAAUCAGUUUCUGUAAUUUAAUUUAAUUUAAAAUCUUCUAAAAUGUCAAUGUUAGUGUAUGAACGUAUUUGUAAAUGACUAGAAUGAAAAUGUAGUAGAAAAAACUUUGCCCAUGUAUUUUAUACAUUUUUUUUUCUAAACAACUCCUGUUUUCCAUCUAAGAUGACCGAAAUGUACCUAGUUUCUAGGUACAGCAAUUAUUAUUCCAGAACUGGUUACCAGAGUCUUGGGGCAGAUAAUUCAGUCAAGUUGCCCAUUAUUUGUUUCUUCUUUUCUCCUAUUUUCUUUUCAUGCCCCAGCAAGUUGAGGUGUAAUCCAUGGAAACUAUGUGGAGGAAUUUAAUCUAAUCAUAUGGAAAAUGUAUCUGAAGUGAUAAAACUCAUCAAGUGUCACCAAGUGUGAAAAUAAAAAGGAAAAUUUACUUAUCUAACAGUUUUACAGUCUAUAUUUGUCAGGUGGUAAUAAUUUUCUUUUUAAAAAUUCUUACAAGUGCAGUGGUUUUGUUUGCCUGUACAUGUUUCAGUGUAUGACUGUGUACUAUACAAACAUUUUACUGCACUGCUUUGCACAAAUGUAUUUUUGUAUCUUGUUGCCAUGUACGCCUUGACUCUUGAUGUAUUGUGUAAAAUGGAGACAUUAAUAUCAUUGAUAUUUGUAUCUGAAUGCUGUAGCCUGCCAUGAAUAAAGCAAAUAUGCAUUUCCUUGCUGA